UAUAUAGCUACAAAUCCACUAUAAUUCUAUAUUUUUCUUAAUUUUGAUGAAACCAUUGGUUUUCCCGUCACUUUUCCCUCAGGAUCUUCAUUCUCUUUGGUAUAGACCACAUCAUCUUUUAUCAGAAUCAGGGAAUCAAGUUGGAAAAUCCCAACUAGAUCUUGAUGAGGCAGAAUAUGAAAAUAAAAAGCUUGUUAUUCGGUCAUUUGGAUCUACAUGGAUAAGACCGGUUGGUAUUCAACAGACGAUUCGUGAACAAGAGGAAUUGGAGUCAGCAAUGAAUGAAGAAAUGGAUGAAGAUGAAGAAAUUAAUCAAGAUCCAUCAUUAGGAGAAGGGGGUCAUGAAGAUGUAGAAGAAGCGGAUUUAGAUGCGGCUAUUCCAGAAGUAAUUAGUUCUGAACAAGGAUCAGAUGAAUUUGAAGACAGUUUCCAGAGUUUUUUGCAGUCUCAUAAUCAAAGAAGACAAUUAACAGAAGCAAGCAUUGAUAUUUCUUUAAGUCCUUUUGAUCCAUUAAGACAAAGGGCGUUAGAUGUUGAUUCUGGUCUUAAUAUUCAUGAUGGAGAUAUAAUGGACUAAUAAAUAUUGGAUUACAAUAUUCGCUUUCAAUAUACAAAC